AUGGUAAAAAUCUGUACACAUUCAGGUCUGUUUCAUGCAGAUGAAUCUCUAGCUGUUUAUUUAUUAAAGCUUCUUCCUCAAUAUAGAAAUGCCGAAAUUGUUCGUUCAAGAAACCCCCAGGAUUGGGAAGAAUGCGAUAUUGUAGUUGAUGUUGGUGGAAAAUAUGAUUCUGUAAAGUAUUUUGACCAUCACCAGCGUGAGUUUUUCGCUACUUUCAAUGAGAAUUACAAGACUAAACUCUCAUCAGCUGGUUUGAUCUAUAAACAUUUCGGUAAAGAUAUUAUUAGACAAGUGUUGAGUUUAGAAGAAAAUGAUGGAAAUAUUGAGUUAUUAUACGAUAAAGUCUAUAAGGAAUUUAUUGAAAGUUUAGAUGCUAAUGAUAACGGAAUAAACAAUUAUCCAGUAGAUAUCGAAUCCAAGUUCAAUGAAAAGAAUAUCAAAUUACCAUCACUUGUGUCGCAAUUGAAUCCAAGGUGGAAUGAAAGUUGCACCGAUGCCGAUUUCGAUAGACAAUUCUUGAAAGCUAGUGAUUUGAUGGGGUCAGUAUUUGUUGGUUUAUUGGAAGGAUACGGUAAAGGAUGGUUACCGGCCAAGUCUCUUGUCGAAGAGGCAUUUCAAAAGAGAUUUGAAGCUGAUUUAUCAGGAGAAAUUAUAAUCUUGUCUCAAUUUUGUCCUUGGAAAGAGCACUUGUAUGCAAUUGAAAAAGAAAAUAAUAGUGAAGGAGUUAUCAAGUUUGUGCUAUUCCAAGAUUCAAGUAGCAAGUGGAGAGUAUCCACCGUUAAUGUCACCUCAAGUUCAUUUGAAUUCAGAUUAGGUAUACCUGAGGAGUUGAGAGGAUUAAGAGACGAAGAAUUGAGUGAAAAAGCUGGAAUUGAAGGGUGUAUCUUUGUUCACGCUGCAGGUUUCAUUGGAGGCGCAAAUAGCAAAGAAGCCGUUUUGGAAUUGGCUAAAUACUCAUUGGCUAGAGCUAAAUAA